UUGCGCAUGGCCACGGUAACAUCACGAUGCUCUUUAAGCGACACUGCGGCCGCGGACAGUAUAAAGAGCGUUGCCGUUGAAUACUUACCUACAUACAAGACAGUCCACCUGAGCGUAAGAAUGGCAGCACCUUCAAACGGGAUUACAGCCGACCCUUUAGUCGCGGCGAUCGAUCAGGGUACCAGUUCGACGAGAUUCCUGGUUUUCAACCCAAAGACGGCAGAGUUGAUCAGUCACCAUCAGGUGGAGAUCAGCCAGAGCUUUCCAAAAGAAGGCUGGGUGGAGGAGGAUCCUAUGGAGAUCCUUCAGUCUGUACAUGACUGCAUAGAGAGGACAUGUGAAAAACUCACCCAACUCCAGAUAGACAUAUCCAGCAUCAAAGCAAUUGGCGUGACCAAUCAGAGGGAGACUACACUGGUUUGGGACAAAGAGACUGGAAAACCACUGUACAAUGCUAUUGUUUGGUUGGACUUGCGUACACAAUCAACCGUGGAAAGACUGAUCGACAAAGCACCUGGCAAGGACAAGAACCAUCUGAAGCAUAAGACUGGCCUGCCCAUCAGUACGUACUUCAGCGCGGUGAAGCUGCGCUGGCUGCUGGACAAUGUGAAGGAGGUGGCAGAAGCCGUCUUCUCUCACAGGGCUAUGUUUGGCACUGUGGACUCCUGGAUCAUUUGGUGUUUGACUGGAGGGAAGAGCGGAGGUGUUCACUGCACAGACGUGACCAAUGCCAGCCGUACCAUGCUCUUCAACAUACACACACUGGAGUGGGACUCUGAGCUCUGCAAGUAUUUUGAUGUUCCUGUUGAAAUUCUACCUGAUGUGAGGAGCUCUUCAGAAAUAUACGGGAUCAUGAAAUCAGGCUCCUUGACUGGUGUGCCUAUUUCAGGGUGUUUAGGUGACCAGUCCGCUGCCCUCGUGGGACAGAUGUGUUUUAAAGUCGGCCAAGCCAAAAACACGUACGGAACUGGUUGUUUUCUGCUCUGUAAUACUGGUGUAAAGCCUGUGCUGUCAGAUCACGGCCUGCUAACAACCAUUGCAUAUAAAAUGGGGCGGGACAAACCUGCUUUUUAUGCGCUUGAGGGCUCAGUUGCAAUAGCAGGAGCAGUAGUGAGAUGGCUAAAGGACAAUAUGGGAAUUAUCCAGUCUUCCCAAGAGUUAGAGAAGCUUGCGUCUGCAGCCGGAUCAUCCUACGGUUGCUAUUUUGUUCCGGCAUUUUCGGGGCUGUACGCCCCCUACUGGGAGCCAAGUGCAAGAGGGAUAAUCUGUGGCCUGACUCAGUUUACCAACAGGAGUCACUUGGCCUUUGCUGCACUUGAAGCUGUUUGCUUUCAGACUCGAGAAAUCCUGGAUGCUAUGAAUCAGGACAGUGGCGUUCCACUGACUCAGCUGCAGGUUGAUGGAGGAAUGACCUCCAACCGAUUACUGAUGCAACUACAGUCUGAUAUUCUCUGCAUUCCUGUAGUGAGGCCGACGAUGUCGGAGACCACUGCACUGGGGGCAGCGAUGGCUGCAGGAGCGGCGGAGGGGGUCAACGUUUGGGACCUGACCUCUGACAGCCUGACCUCUUUGCCCUCAGAGAAAUUCCAACCUAAGAUCAACCUUGAGGAGAGCGAGUUUCGCUAUGCAAGAUGGAAGAAAGCUGUCCAGAGAUCUAUGAACUGGGAGACCACAGAGAUGGUUGACAAUGGAAAAGCCCUCUCCUUCACAGGCCACUGAUCCCGACCAGAACCAGACCCCAUCAGACCUGAUCCCAAACAGAACCAUUCUACCAGACCCCAUCAGACCUGACACCAAACAGAACCAUUCUCCAUCAGACCUGAUCCCGAACAGAACCAUUCUCCAUCAGACUUGAUCCCGAACAGAACCAGACCCCAUCAGACCUGAUCCCAAACAGAACCAUUCUACCAGACCCCAUCAGACCUGACACCAAACAGAACCAUUCUCCAUCAGACCUGAUCCCGAACAGAACCGUUCUCCAUCAGACCUGAUCCCAAACAGAACCAGACCCCAUCAGACCUGAUUUGGGACAUAACCUUUCCCCAUCAACCCUGAUUUGGGACAGAACCAUUCUCCAUCAGACCUGGCAGUGGUGAUGAUGGUGGUGGUGG